UGGCAGCGGCUGGACCCCCCCCCCCCCCAGUCUGUCCGGUUCAUAAACCCGGGGUGCUAACAGAAAUUGCGUCCACAGACCAAACUGUGACGUGAAUCUGUAAGAGCCAAGAUAAUAAAGGUUAUUGAAAAAGACAGAAUGGGGAAGUCCCUGUUUUUCGUCUCCUGGGCUCUGCUCUGCUGCUGCUGCUGGACCACACAGGCAGAGAUCUUCACCUCUAUAGGCCAAAUGACAGACCUGAUCUACACAGAAAAGGAGCUGGUCCAAUCUCUGAGGGAGUACAUAAAAGCAGAGGAGUCCAAGCUGGCUGCAGUCAAAAGCUGGGCCAAAAAACUAGAUACUCUGACCAGAGUGUCCACCUCUGACCCAGAGGGCUACCUCGCCCACCCAGUAAAUGCCUACAAACUGAUGAAGAGACUCAACACCGAGUGGUCUGAGCUGGAGAGCCUGGUACUUCAGAGCCCCUCUGAUGGGUUCAUUUCCAACAUGUCCAUACACAGACAGUACUUCCCAGAUGAGGAGGAUGAGACGGGUGCAGCGAAGGCGUUGAUGCGUCUUCAGGACACGUACCAACUGGAUUCUGAGGUCUUCUCAAGUGGAAAGCUGCCAGGUAUGCACUCCAAUGCCAUACUGACAGUGGACGACUGCUUCGACAUGGGGAAGACGGCUUAUAACGAUGCAGACUAUUAUCAUGCUGUGCUGUGGAUGCAGCAGUCCUUGAAGCAGCUGGAUGCCGGGGAGGAAGCUUUGGUUUCCAAGGCGGACAUUUUGGACUACCUCAGCUACUCUGUUUACCAAAUGGGAGACCUGCCCCGAGCCAUUGAGCUGACACGCCGUCUGGUGGCUAUUGAACCCAGCCACCAGAGGGCAGGAGGAAACCUCCGUUAUUUUGAGCGGUUACUGUUCAAGCAGCUCAAUGAGCUGAAAAAGGCCUACGAGCCUGCCUCUGAGGAACCCAUCCAGCUGGGAACCUACAGCAGACCUAAAGACCAUCUCCCAGAGAGAGAGACCUACGAGGCCCUCUGUAGAGGAGAGGGGCUCCAAAUGACUGAAGCGAGGCGCAGCCGUUUGUACUGUCGCUACCAGGAUGGUAAGAGAAACCCUCGUCUCCUGCUGAAGCCCAUAAAGGAAGAGGAUGAGUGGGACAGCCCCCACAUUGUACGCUACCUGGACGUCCUGUCAGACGAGGAGAUUGAGAAGAUUAAGGAGCUAGCUAAACCCAGGCUUGCCAGAGCUACUGUCCGUGAUCCCAAAACAGGCACCCUGACCACAGCCAACUACAGAGUAUCAAAAAGUGCAUGGUUGGAAGGGGAGGAUGACCCCAUCAUUGCCAAAGUCAAUAAGAGAAUAGAAGACAUCACAGGCCUUACGGUCGACACUGCAGAGUUACUUCAGGUCGCUAACUACGGAGUUGGAGGACAGUACGAGCCACAUUAUGACUUCUCGAGGAAAGAUGAGCCUGAUGCUUUCAAAAGAUUAGGCACUGGAAAUCGUGUGGCAACUUUUUUGAACUACAUGAGUGAUGUCGAGGCGGGAGGUGCCACGGUCUUCCCCGAUUUUGGAGCAGCAAUCUGGCCCAGAAAGGGGACAGCAGUGUUCUGGUAUAAUCUGUUCAAGAGCGGGGAGGGAGACUAUAGAACCAGGCAUGCAGCCUGUCCUGUCUUAGUAGGAAGUAAAUGGGUGUCAAACAAGUGGAUUCAUGAGCGAGGACAAGAGUUCAGGAGACCCUGCAGCCUGACAGAAGUGGACUGAAGUUUGACCCACAUCUAAAAACCAUGCGAACACACUCACACACAUAUGCAUACAUACACCGUAGUGCCUUAUUUAUGGCAAUAAUUCAACUCUCAGACACGUUCUACAAAACCUAAGUGUUUUCACCAUCAUCUUGUCUGCAUGAUUAACAAGUUAACAACAUGUUUUAUGAGGAAAUUAUGACACUUGUAUGCAAAAUCUGACUGGGUAAUAUCUUUUGCGUUGUUUUUUUUUUUUUUUUUUUUUUUUUUUUUUUGCCAGAAGAUGUAGAGCUCAGUUCACUGUCAUGCAUCCCCACCGCAGCCCCAUCUUGGUUAAAUAAGUGAAUUAAGUUAGAUAUACAUUUUAUUUUCUGUAAAUAGGAUUAACUAAUAAAUAAAAAAAAUGUUGGUAUGUUGGUUUUCCAACAUUUACACAUUUUAUAGUCCUUAAAUUCAAAUCCAAAAAAAAAUUACUGGAAGAUCCAAAUAUGAGUCCACUGCAAAAUUAUCCCAUUGAUACCAAAAACUAAUAUUUGCUUGUUUUGCUCCCAGGUGAACAGUUUGCCCAUCAGACUACUUUUACAAGCAACUUUUAACUUUUCAAAUUCAAAGGAUUAGCAUUAGUGGUUAUACAGAGAAGCUUGUAUAAAUUUAGCUAAUUUCUUAGCUGUUUAAACACCAAAACUUACAGGAUGGUGCAACCUUACCAAAUGGAAAGAAAAAAAAAUAUUUCCACACGUUAAAAAUAUUUCUGAAUAAGAGGCAGCAACUGGGUGAAGAAAGGUUGUAUUAGUUUGAUUAAUAAUGAAAAAUAAGUGCUUUUGGUAAUGGACUUUUUGAACCUGGCUGUAGACUUUGUACUACAUUCACUUAUUACAAAUUAGAUAGAAAUUAACCAUGACCUCUACGGUAUGAACACAUUUUCAAGUUGUUUUUCAGGGUUUUUGAGUAGAACUGAGAAUCUGUUCAUAAAUACUUGGCUGCCAACUGUCAGAAAAGUCGGUUUACAGAAACACCUAGGAUCCAAAGUAAAUCUAUAGGCUUGUAUUGGCUCUAUUUAGAAGUUUAUUUGGGAAGUACUUCAAGAAAAACAACUCCUCUCUGAUGGUUAUUUUAAAUAAAAAGUGAAGAUUUUUAGCAAAUGUCUAAGCAAUACCUUCAUCAUUUGCAUCCAACGUUUUUUUUUUUCCCCUGUCAAAUACAUUUCCUCCACAUCAUGUCCAGGACAUUUUUAUUUAUAGUGUUUAAAUUAUUACACUGUUGUUACAUUGUGAGCUCUUUCUACAAGAUGGCAAACAAGUAAGUCAAUAAACAAUGUGUUUUAUUUAAA